AUGUCGGAUUAUUCAACUGAAUUUACAAGUUCAAUAAUUGAUAGCAGUAUACCCGUUCAAACAACGAUAAGCACACGGGACAUAAAUCUGGUUGUAAAACCUAUAGUUCUAGACUUCUUCUUGACCUUUAACCUGUUCGUCAGUGGAAUCAUCGGAAUACUGGGGAUCUCCGGAAACAUCAUCAACAUCAUCGUCUUUUACAAGCAGGGCUAUGAGGACAGCGUCAAUAUAACUUUAACUGCUCUGGCUGUCAGUGAUAUCGGGGCGUUGGUCACUGUGUUGAUGUUCAAUGUGAUGGAAAACCCCUGGUUUCUUUCAGCUGAUCUUCCCAUAUCACAAACGGAUGUGUCUUUCAUUUUGGCUUUUUACCCACACAAUUAUUUCAUCCGUGUGUGUGGGUUCAUCACAGCCUUCGCGUCGUGUGAGAGAUGUCUGUGUGUUUUGGUGCCCCUUAAAGUCAAACAAAUUGUCACCAAAAAAGUCUCUCUUCUGGUCAACUUGUUUAUAUUUAUCAUCUUACUUCUAGACCUGUUCCCCGUCUACUACAUCGUAUAUUUAGACUGGGUAUUUUUUCCUCAGUUAAAUAGAUCGGUGAUUGCCGUAAACGCUAGACAAAAUCCGUACAACGUUUUUGGCAUUUCAUAUUUCGUUUCGGAUCUUUUUGUUCCGUAUUUUACUUUUUUCAUCAUCAUAGUCUGUAAUGCAAUCAUUGGUAUAAAAUUAAACACUCGAUCAAAAUGGAUCAACUCUAUCUCCAUCAGCCAUUCAAGCGAAGACAACACCGUGUCUAACAAAGAGAAGUUCGUGUCUAACAAAGAGAAAAAAGUUGUCCUGAUGUUGACUGUCGUCUCUGUCAUCUUCAUCGUCUGCCUCAUUCCUCAGUCAGGUAUACUGACAGCUGUCAGUCAGGUGUCAGGGUUGAUGGUGGGGGGCGUGUACUACAAGAUCUCGCUCAUCAUUUACAGCAUCUCCUACGUCACAGAGACCGUUAGUUCUAGCGUCAACAUUGUAGUCUACUACAAGAUGAGCAGCAGGUACAAGAACACUCUCCGUAGUAUUUUCUUCUAA